AAGAGCUUCCAAAGCAUUCCUGCUUUACAAAUGCUUCUGAGAAGCUCUCUGAGGUCUGUUUUCCCUUGAGAGAGGUCAAUAUACUAACUAAGGCUUUCAACUGGCAUUAGUAAUUGCAUUGGGAUUUCUCCCAAACCUGCUUUUACCACUUUGGGAAAUCUAGCUCAGAAAACUGUAAGAAAGGAGAGUGCGAAUCUUGUUUUGGGUUGAAGAUGUGGGGCUUCAUUUUAGUAGCAUGUUUAUGCCAAGGCAUUUUCAGUUCAGAAGAAUCCAAAACGUCAGAAGAACCUGUGGCUGAACAUACAGUGGAUCCUGAGUGCUUUAUGAACAUUAGUGAGAUUAUCCAUCAUCAUGGCUAUCCAAGUGAGGAACAUCAUGUUGAGACAGAAGAUGGAUAUAUACUUACAGUCUUCAGAAUACCUCAUGGAAGAUACAAUGGUGCAAGCAAAGGUCCAUGGCCUGUUGUAUUUUUGCAACAUGCUGUGAUUGAGGAUGCUUCCUGCUGGAUUUCAAACAUGCCCAACAAUAGUUUUGGCUUCAUAUUGGCAGAUGCCAGCUAUGAUGUUUGGCUUGGAAACAGUAGAGGAAACAUCUGGUCUUCAAAACAUAAGACCAUGCGGGAAAAUGAGCAGAAAUUCUGGGAGUUUAGUAUUCACGAGAUGGGAUACUAUGACAUUCCAGCAGUCCUGUACUUCAUCCUGAAUAAAACAAGGCAGCAACAACUAUAUUAUGUAGGCCAUUCUGAAGGCUCAGCAAUUGGUUUCAUAGCAUUCUCUACUUGGCCAAAACUAGCUGAAAGAGUCAAAGUCUUUUUUGCUUUGGGACCUGUAACUACAUUGACAUUUUGUACAACCCCCAUAAUAAAAGCCGCAUAUAUUCCCAAUGUAAUACUUCAAGCUAUAUUUGGCCACAAAGGAAUAUUUCAAUAUGCUGUAUAUCUGAGAAACAUACUCACUAAGUUUUGUACUAACCACCAUGAAUUCUGUGCCAGUGCCCUUUCCUUUAUGGCUGGGAAUAAUGUCCCCAACUUAAACAUGAGCCGAAUGGACAUGUAUGUAGCCCAUGCUCUUGCUGGAACGUCUGUGCAAAAUCUUCUUCAUUGGAUCCAGAUCCAUCACACAAAGCAAUUCCAAGCAUAUGACCAUGGCUCCAAGGAAAAGAAUAUGGAAAAGUACAAUCAGACAAACCCUCCUAAAUAUAAGAUAGAAGACAUACAAAUACCAAUUGCACUCUGGACUGCAGGGCAAGACUCGUUUGUACACCCAACAGAUGUUGCAAUGUUACGCUCACGGAUUAGUAACCUAAUUUAUGAAAACCACAUUCCUGAAUGGCAACACUUAGACUUUAUCUGGGGAAUUGAUGCAACUGAGCGUAUGUACAUGAAUAUCAUUGAGACAAUGAAGAAGUAUCCAUAAUGCCAGUCAGUGAUGUUUGUAGAUGAGUACAUGUAUACAGAGAUUAUGGAUUAUGAUUAAAACCCAAAAUACUAUUCAGUACUGCUUUGAUGUCUUGGUGCAACUAGUUAUGAUGAAGAAGGGUCUGUAUAAUUCACUAAAUGGUGCUUUGGAGAUGAUUACCUGCUUGCUUUGUAAUAGGGCAAUCUUGCCAGUAUUUAAUAAAGUUAUGUUCAAGGAGAGGUA